UCUUUCAUUUGCAAUAUCUGACCCAUAGUGCAAUGUCAUGGUUACGUGGGUGAUUGACUCUCUAUCCGUUGUUUAUGUCCGUUGUUUAUUUGGAUAGAUCGAUUUCGGAAGCACAAACCAAUUUCAGCAUUCUCGCCUAACCUUAGAUUAAAGUCAAUUUAGCAUGAGCUCUUCCGGAAUGUCCUCAACAACUCCCGGUAAAGGGCCAAAGAAGAAACCACUGCCCUAUUUUAUGCAGCGAUCGGAAGACACGGUUCUCCCGUCGUUUCAGAAUCGCCGCACCUUGGCGGACCACGUGAAGGACAACAUGCUAUGCGCCGGGCGAAAGUCGUACUUCCAGCGCAUUGUUUACGUGGGUCGACAUCCAAAAAUUUCGGCCAUGUCAAUCCGCGACCAGUUUUUGAAGGUGAUCAAAGAGAUGCAAGAGAAGACCACUGUCGACAUCAAGCUAUUUGGGCUAAUGAUCAACUUCGAUGGGUACUCGAUGCACAUGGUUGAAAGUGCAGAGGAGACCAUCGGCGAGUACAUGCGAUAUCUGGCUGCCAGCGAUCUCUUUGAAUGUAGCCGAGUGGUGUUGGUGUAUAACAACAUUAAUCAGAUCUACCAAGAUGGGGUAAAUGCGUCUUGGGGUAGUCCGGAUAGCAACCAAUACCACAUCCAAACGGACGAAGGACCUGAACGGUAUUUCAGAUAUCAAACCGACAACGGGCAGUUUAGAAAGGAAAAACGACUGCAAGAUGGCACAGUGAUCGGAACUGAUGCCUGGAUAGAUGCAUCCGGUUACUUGCGCCAGAAGGACUACAUCGCAGACGACAAGGGCUAUCGGAUAUUGAAGUCAAAAACGGUGUAUGUCGGAAGAGAACUGCCGAUUCAGGAUGCCAUUAAAUCCGUCAAGAAUCGGCCCGCUGAUUCGGGUAUCCUUGCACCUCAUGGACCACCGUAUCGCCCUUCUCAUCCACCAGAGCCUGUGGCCAUUGUGCCUUCCACUCCAUCACCGAUAGCCUCUCCCGUUACCCCAGGCCUCAAAGCUGUAUUCAUAAGGCCUCAUUCGCAGCCCGUUAGCACAAACUAUCUGCCGGCAAAUAUUGCACGCGAUCAAUAUAUUCCGCCCAGCAGACACUAUUCCACUAACACGCAGAGGCCUGACGUGUACGUGCCCUCAAGCACUCCGUAUCCACCACUGGCAGGAAACGAUCUGAUUUCCUCGCCAAUUGCCGUCUACGCGCCAGUUUCAACGCCUUCACCACUGGCUGAUCGAUCUCAAGCACAUCUGCCUCCCCUAGUCAUAUACAACUCCGAUCCAAAACGACCGAACGACUACGAUCAUCAGACGCCACGACCAGAAGAACCCAUCUACCAGCUCAGUAAUGAUCUACUACCUCCGAAACAUUUCAUCCCCGCUCCAGUUUACCACCGUAGGCGUAUCACUCAAGACAGGAGGCGACCAAUCUACUUAGAACCCAUCAGCAUAACAUCCGCAGCACCGUUCAUAGAACGGGCAACUCCCGCUCCUAAACCGUUGGUGGUUCCUAUCUCCGACAACAAUCUGGAAUCCCAGCCAACCUUCAACCGUGAUUAUUUGGAGCCUCCGCCCAGCUAUGGCCAGCGAUAUUCAUCAAACCGUCGGGCCGACCACCAAUACGAUGGCGUAUCGGUAACCAACAAUGGCUUCCAAUACUACCUGCCGAGGCAGUACCACGAGGAAGCCAACUCCGGAAGCUCCACCCGAGAGGGUAGCUUUGGAUACAUUGAUCCCUUUGGAAUUCGCCGGGUGGUUUACUACAACACUGGCCCAGGUAAGGGAUUUGUCCAUCGGAAAAAUAAUCGAUUCGUGGGCUUCGACUCGACGCCUUACGACCCGCGACCACUGUGAAAAGAGGAUGGAGGGACCGAGGGAGGGAUCACCUCCACUUAGCCGCCAGAGCAACCGUUUUACGCUUCAACUAAAUAAUUUAUUAGCAAAAUGUCGCCCCAUUGACUGCUUACAGUCGUUGCCGCGAUGGUGUGACUCGUUUCAAUCAUUAACCAUUCAAAGUAGAUGAACGAUUACCAGUUCGCUCGAGACGCAUAUGUCGCCUGUCUGCCAGGGGGAGGGGUUGGCUGGUCAGCCAACGCUGAGAACUUUGUUCAGUUUGCAGACACGGCUUUCCCAAGGAUUAACGGGGGCGACUGAAGUAGAGCAAACAGUUCUCGGACGCAAAUCAAAUUACGAGCUGCCGCUAACCGGCUCUAGUUGCACUAAAAAAGUGGACUCGAUGCUGACCUCCCCCGCAGGCUGCGGAUAUGCGAUCAUAGUGGAAGCUUGUGAUGAUGUACGCAGAAUGUAAGAGAGUUGGCACCAUUAGUUCAUCAAGACAACUCAAACUAUAUUAUCGAAAAAUCCCUCGGUACUUCAAUACAGAUGAUUAAAAAAAUCUGACAGCAUGCGUUGCCAUUUCAUAUUUAAUUUUGGUUGCAAUUAGUACCGAUCGUUAUCAUACUGUUUUGUGUUCGGAUUGCCAAUUUUCGCAUGAUAUUGAAUGAGCCCCUGAGACUGGUCCACAUUUGUUUGUAAGAAAAUUUGAAAUCUUUUUUCAACAAUGCUUUCUGCUAUUCCUUUCCUCUUGUUAUUUUUUUCUUUCUUUUUUGACCGAGGAAAAAUCAAAACUCAAACUCAUCAUUCGAAUAUGUAUUCUAUGUGGUUGACGCUUCCAACAUAAAAUUAUUGGAGAAUGAUCAAUCGGAAACGUUAAUUUUUAUUUUACGGGCCAGUCUGCUACCAAUCAAUGCCCACACAGAGAGCAUUGCAACGUAUUAUGGCAUUCGGCGCUCCCGCGGUCAAUGCGGAAACAUUGAGGUCAAACGGAACCUACAAUCAGAUCUUGUGGACCAUAACCAGAUAUUCUUCUUACGGGCAGGUAGAGCAAUUGGAAAAUAACCUUCACCAUGAAAAUCAAAGUGUGGCUACCGGACCGGCACACUGCAACGUACGCGAUUUCUAUGUUCAAUGCUGCCCCCACGGUUUUCGAGCACCCUACAAUUAACUUUAUGGGCUCAUUGACAAAAUGACCUCAUACGAGUGGCGGCGCCUAUCUUCCCAUUCUCAGACAUACUCGACCAAAGCCCCAUCGAUGUUUUUUUUUCUGUGACUCACCGGAUUCAAGCAUUCCCCCAGCCAGUGCGCGGGUGUUCAGGUUUGUUCGUUCGAUUCUUUCAAUUCGAUUUGUAAUUAUUGUUCUGUUCUUAAACAUGCGAUCAUUUCCCGGAUACAUGCGAUCGUAUCGGAAGUUUCGAUCCCCGCGGUCACAUUCAGAAAUAUGGAAUCAUUCCAAUUCAAUGACUUCUCCCUUCUACGGUGAGGGUUGAAUUGGUGAAUCGAUUCGAUAUAAAUAUUCAGCUCCGGUGAUUUGAAAUUCGAAUUUCACGAUUGAAGUGCAAUUUGUUCUCCCGGUUAAUCGAUAGUGGAUCGAUUGAACCUUGAGUUAGUUCAAUGUAGCUUCGAUGAUUGUAUCAUAGCGUUCGAUUGAUAGCUAUAUAGUACCAAAUCAUUUUGUCAUUUAUGCGGAUGAGCAGCUUCCAUAUGUCUCUAAGCAAUUACCACUUAUAGGUCAUACAAGCAUCCCAAAUUAGCUUGAAAUUUGAACCACUUUGAACUCUCCUUACCUAAUCUUUAUAAAUCUGCUGCUGGAAUUGGGUUGAGUUGAAUAAUUUAAUGGUUACAAAUCAUUCUGUAGUUCUUAUAAUAGUUGACGAUACAUUAAUUACAUAGAAGUUUUCACAGUAGCAACCUUUUCUGACCUUUUAAAGUCUUUCUUUUCCUCAAAGGCCUUCGUAAUUAGUGCAUGAUGCAUAAAUGAUUAAAUGAUUCUAUCCGCCAUAAUCAUAGCUUUAAGUAUAUGAAAAAUGGGGAUUUAAUGCAUUCUUACAGCAAAGAAGAUUAGAAUAUAUUCGCAAAUAAUCCGUAAGGUUAGUGCAAUGAAUUAUCUUAAAAUUACAAACGAUUCUAUAGUGUUAGGAUGUGCUUAGUUCCUCCACUAUUGGAUAAUUUACCCUACAGAAUAGUUAGAAAAUCUGGCAUUCGCUAGUUGGGUGAUUACUUCAGUGAGUACCUACCGAUAACAGAAGUUCAAAAAGGAUGGGAAGAAAAACUAGCGGCAGCUGCCCUGCCCCAGUCACAUAUCUAUCCCAUACCGUUUUUCCGCAAUAGAGAUAAUGUUCCAAAUCACAUUUUUCAUAU